CUGUCAACCGCCAUGUCUCGCCUCCGAGCGGCAGAAGCUUCGGAGAUAUUUAAUAAGGAAACUCUGGUUCAGCAACAUGAGACUGCUGCCCGAAGCCAUGUUCAUUUACAAGCAGGCAGUCCCUUCACUUCCGUGGCAGAUCCUGUCCCCCGCCUCCGACCCAUCAGACUCCGGGAGUUAAAUGUAGGGCGUACCCAUCUUGGCCGGGUCCUUUUCGGCACCCUCUGCGUAGACCCCUUCAAAAAUGUUGGCAUCAUGACUGUGCUCCAAGAUGACCAAGGCCUUGCCAUUAGAGUGGCCGUCUACAAUGUAGCAUCGUCAGGGUCCAGCCAUGCGGCACUCAACGCGCUCAACGCAAUAUAUCCCAAGGGAGCCAAGGUGGCGAUCAUGGAUCCCUACUUCAAGCGAGACGAAGAUGGAGACCUCGCUAUUAGAGUAGACAAUCCUGCAAACCUGGUAAGAAUUACGGGAGAAGUAACAUUGGACAUUGAGCCGAUGUCGGAGUUGGAGAGGGAGUGCGGCAAGGGCAACAAGUGCUUCCGGGGGCGAGACUGGCGGGGUGCCGUCACCCACUACACUAACUGCAUUCUGGCACCAAAUGAUGGCGAAGCGGCCAAACAGGCGCGGUUGCUUGCUUAUUCCAACAGAGCAGAGACGUACCUCCAGAUGGGCGAGUUUAAGCGGGCGUUAGAGGACUCCGAGCAGAGUCUCGGGAUCGAACCCACCCAUCUGAAAACCCUCUACCGAAAAGGCCGCGCUCUGCACGGCCUCGAAGACUAUGCCCAGGCAUGCCAAGUUCUGCAAACGGCGCUCCAGCUUGGCCCCGGCCAAGCAGAUAUUGAAGAUGCUCUGAGACGGUCCAGGGCUUCUUGUGCUCGGAGCCGCCAGGGGGAGUACGACAUUUCAGCCUUCUUGCUCGGAAUGCAACCGCCUGGGAAGAUUGGUGACUUCGUUGGUGAUGUGGAAAUCAAAAAGACCAGGGACGGCAGGCGCCGCGGGCUAUACGCUACGGAAAACGUUAGCACUGGUGAGCUCCUUCUAGUGAGCAACGCCGUCGCCAUCGAUGACAUCGGGCUCAGGCCUUUCAAGUUUGAUGACAGAGACAUAAUAGAAGUAUACUCUUCGCAGGAAGAUCUUGUAGCCGCCGUAAUCAGUGCUGCCGAAAAAUCUCAGAAACUGCUGCAGCAGCUUUAUACCCUAGACGACGGUUCUGAACAAGUCCGCGCUUCGACGCCGGCCACGGACUUGUUUGAUGUAAACUGCCCAGAAACAACGGAAAUGCCUCUGCUACAGAUUGACAAGCCGCGCAUCCGACUCAUUGUUUCCCGAAACUCCUUGGCUGGAGAGGGAGAGACAUCGGAUAGCAGUUGGAGUUGGGGUUUUAGCGGGCUGUGGCUGCUGCCAUCGUUUAUCAAUCACUCCUGCCUCCCCAAUACAACCAGACUUAAUGUAGGAAGAGCAAUGUUUUUGCAUGCGGCAAAGCCAAUCGGCAAGGGAGAAGAAAUCACCAUUUCUUACUUCGACGCCCUGCUACCCCUCUCACAGCGAGAAUCCAUGUCUCAGGUCUGGAGUUUCAAGUGCAAUUGCAAGCGUUGCGCUCUGGAGAAGUCUCUCGGGACUCUCUUAAAGAGCUUGAAUGCACAGUUUGAGGCAUUACACAACAAGGCUCUGGAGGAAACAAACCACGCAAGGUCGUCAGGAAAAGAAUUUCCAACAAAGCUUCCCAAGUCUGCAGAAUUUGCCAAGGUUUAUGAAAAGAUGGAGAAGAGGCUCUGUAAAGACCGUGGAAUGAAGGCAGAAGAAAAGAAUUGGGUUCGGGCGUCUUAUGUGACUGCUUACUGGGCUGGAACGCAGUCCGAUGAGUUCUUCGACAAGAUCCUUGAGGACCCAAUUCCUUCGGGUGAUGAAAUCCUGGAGGCCGUUGUAAACACCGUGCCAGGCGACUUGAGAACCCUUGCCAUGGCGGCUCACCAGGCGGAAGGUGUAAGGCAGUGGAUUGGUAAUGCAGGCUGGGCCAUAGAGUACUGUGCAAAACAAGCUAGAGAUGCAUGUGUGCGAGUGUUGGGUAAACACAGUGAACACAUUAUUGAAGCGCUCAUACACCGGCAUGCAAAGUCUGCAAUUUUUUAAUGAGGUGGGUAGCUGCUACAUUUGUGGGAUUUCUACAUAUGGCCAAUUUAUAGUAUUUUUCUGGAGUCUCUAGCCCCGUUCAGCAUCGAUAUCGGCAUCGACAUCAGCAUCAACAUCCAGCGGAUGGUUUGGAUAGGGGCCGAUCAGCAUUCAUCGAUUGAGGGGGUUGCUAUAAAGCCGAUCAACACCAAAUCAACCGGAUGGACAGGACUGAACGAACGAAUCGCCAAAGUUAUACUUUUUCAGUGUAAAAGUUGCUGUCUUUCAUGGCUAAGAUAAAUUUUAGUGU